GACAACGAAGAAGAGCGUUUGGAUCUUGUACAAGUCCACGGGGAGCGAAAGUGUGGCCAAAGGUGAUGUCUUCCUGCCAGCAGGAGUGAAGCUACAAAGUUCAGCCCGCACACCAAAAAGAAGUGCGACAACUUGCAGUGUUCGAUCGACAUCAUGGCUCAGUACACUCGUGUUUCAGGCUCCGUGGGUUUGAUUACUCUCCAAAAUCCGCCUGUCAACGCUCUCAGUGCAGCGGUGAGGCAGGGCAUCGUUGACACAGUGAAGAGAGCACUUGGUGACCCAAAGGUGAAGUCAGUGGUUAUCUGUGGCCAGAAUGGAAUAUUCUGUGGGGGGGCCGACAUCAGAGAGUUUGGGACGAACAUGUCUGGGCCUCCACUGGUACCGAUGAUCCACGCCAUCGAGGCUGCAAACAAAGCGAUGGUGGCAGCCAUAGAGGGGAGCGCUUUAGGUGGAGGCCUUGAGUUGGCACUUGGCUGUCAUUAUCGAAUUGCGCACUCCAAAGCCAGACUGGGACUUCCAGAGGUGAGUCUGGGUCUGCUGCCAGCUGCAGGUGGGACCCAGCGUCUGCCAAGGCUCAUCGGGGUCCCAGCUGCAUUAGACCUCAUCACCACAGGCCGUCAUGUCACUGCUGCUGAGGCACUACAACUUGGAAUAGUGGAUCAGGUUACCGAUCACAGCACUGUGGAUGCAGCAAUAAAGUUUGCCCUGAGUGUUGCAGGAAAACCACUGGAUGCCCGUCGUAUAAGCACCUAUCCAUGUCCAUGCCCACCUGAUCUGGAUGCUCUGUUUGAGGGAGUGAUGCAGAAGGUGCGACAAAGUGCCCGUGGCGCUAUAGCACCAAUUGCGUGUGUCCAAGCGGUCCGGGCAGCUGCCACGCAGCCCUACGUUCAGGGCAUGGAGCGGGAGAAAGAGCUGAUGGCCACUCUCUUCACCUCAGGCCAGGCCCGCGCCCUGCAGUACUGUUUCUUUGCCCAGAGAGCUGUCAGCAGGUGGAGCAUGCCCAGUGGAGCCCGCUGGGACACGAGCAAGCCUAGACCUGUAUAUAAAGCAGCUGUCAUUGGUCUUGGCACCAUGGGGAGAGGAAUAACAGUGGCCCUGGCUCAGACAGGGUUGUCUGUAGUCGCCGUGGAAACCCAGGAGAAGCAGUUAAUGGAGGCAAAGCAGGCAGUGUCAGGCAUGUUAGAGCGAGGGUCUAAGAGACGUGGGGUGGCCCCUGCACUUGAUAAGAUCAGUUACAGCCCCGACAUCAGGGUUGUAGCAGACGCUGACCUGGUCAUCGAGGCUGUGUUUGAGGACAUGGCUCUGAAGAAGAAAGUCUUCCAGCAGCUGUCUGCUGUUUGUAAACCAGGCACUUUCCUGUGCACCAACACUUCUGCGUUAGACGUGGACCAGCUGGCCUCUCAAAGCCGCAACCCAGAGCUGGUGGUCGGGAUGCACUUCUUUGCCCCAGCCCAUGUCAUGAAGCUGCUGGAGGUGGUGUAUGGAUCACAGUCUUCUCCUCAAGCGGUGGCCACUGCAAUGCAACUUGGAAAGAAAAUGGGCAAAGUCAGUGUGGCUGUUGGAAACUGCCGUGGCUUUGUGGGGAACCGUAUGCUGAAGCCAUAUGUUGAGCAAGCUUUCUUCCUGUUAGAAGAGGGAGCCACGCCUGAGUUGGUAGAUGGAGCACUGGAAGAGUUUGGGUUUCCCAUGGGUGUGUUCAGAAUGUCCGACCUCUCUGGGCUUGACGUGGGAUGGAAGGUCAGGAAGGCGCAGGGGCUUGUGCAGCCUGCUGCGGCAUCAGGGCAGCCAGCUAGAAUCCGAGAAGGCCAUCGGUACAGCCCCUUGGGAGACCUGCUCUGUGAGCAGGGACGGUUUGGUCAGAAAACAGGACGGGGUUGGUACCAGUACGACAAACCCGGCAGUCGGGAAGCCAGGUCUGAUCCUUGGCUUCACAGCUUCCUUGAGGAGUACCGAGCCCGGCACGGCCUGGUGGCGCGCCGCAUUGACCACCAGGAGGUGCUGGAACGCUGCCUCUAUGCCCUGAUCAAUGAGGGCUUCCGCAUCCUGGAGGAUGGAAUAGCUGCAGGACCCGAAGACAUAGAUAUCAUCUAUGUGUUUGGCUACGGCUGGCCCAGGCACCGUGGAGGCCCCAUGUUCUACGCCAGCUUGGUGGGGUUGGCGAAGGUCCUGGAGAGGCUGGAGCACUACCACCAGGCUCACCCUGAUGUGCCCAACCUGCAGCCCUGCAGCCUGCUCAGGAGGCUGGUGGCCAGUGGCAGCCCACCUGUCCACAUGUGGAGGGAAGUCGUAAAGAAACUCCACAGUCAGCUUUAAAUUCAUUUCAGCUUUAAUAUCUUAAUACGCCUUGAUAAUAAUGAUAUUACACUGUGAUAAACCCAAUGGGCUGCUCCUGCAUUAUAUAAUAAUAAUAAUAAUAAUGCUGAUUGAUUUCUUAUAUAUUAUGUCAUAUUAUCUGAGGCACUUGUGCUUUCUGUGCUUAAUAACCUUAAUAUCUCUGACUGACCAGUAGCCUUGUGAGCCUACUAUGAGUCACCAGUUUAUUAGGUUCAACUGUACAAUCUAAUGUGUACUCCCGUCAGAAUCCUAUCGUUGUGCAGCUUAUGCAGUUCUUGUUGACGUUCUAUCAGAGAUGUUGAUUCAGCUAGCAAUAUAUUGACUGAAACAACUUUCCAUAUACUGCAACUACUGCAAAAGUUAGAACAGAGCUGAAUGAAACAUCCCACCAAAUGUGUCAACAGAACUGAAUAUAAGUUUCACGACUGGAUGUAAUGGGGGGUAAUGUACAGAUGUACCUAAUAUGUAUACCUGAUAAUUAAGUGUACGGUAGGCUUUGAAAAAACCUUUUAAGGAAUCACACUCAGAACAGCAACAUUUGCGUAAAAAAGUGAUGAUUUUACUGAUUUUCCUAUAUUAGGCUUGUUUGAUUAUUACUUAAUCAUGUAUGAUACAUUUUGGUACACUUUUUACUGUGUGUGCAAUAUAUAAUUCAAUUAAA